GCUUCGAGCAACAUGACAACGAGCCACCUGCGCAUCACCAAGCACAGCCCGAGCAAGACGCGACCGGCCUCGAAUGGCCACAUCCAGUUCCACAUUCUCGUGCAAGAGCUCGUCCCCAGCGGCCGCCGCCACAAGGAGUACGUGGUUUGCAAGCGCUUCAAGCAGUUCGAGAGCCUCCGCGCCGAGCUCAGCAAGGCUGGGUUCGCGACGCCGUCGCUGCCGAUGACGGGGCCGGCCAUGGGCCUCUGGAUGGUAUGGAACAAGGACGAGGCGCUCCUGUACCGCGCCAUGAACCUCCAGCGCUUCCUCGACGUCGUCAACACGUCCGAGACGAUCCAAGCCAGCGCCGCGUUUCGGGCCUUUGUGGGCGAGAGCCCCGACCAGAAGCGCGGCUACACGUCGCUCUCGGGCUACUCGACGACGUCCGAGGCCAGCUUUGUGUGCCACGACCUCUCGCGGUCGUCGUCGCUCUCGCUGCUCGAGCGCCGCCGCCAGUCCGUGUGAUGGAUUUGUGCCCACCCAACACCACCAAACGACACGACUGCCAGUCCGCACCGGACGCAGUAGGACACGCGGCCGAUCCUCCGGCCCGCGACGACGCUCGACCACCCGAGCCGUAGAGUAGUACGCCCGCGCUGCCACCUUUGCAUUAUAGAACUUAGACGCACAAUGUACUAGUACAUGGUAUCACCACGUCGAUGUUUCAUAGCCA